UUACCAUCAAAUCAAGAGCUUCAUGAGCCCGGAUUUUUACUUCGAACAAGCAAUUCAUUGAUGCCGGUUCUUACUCGUGCGUCUACGAUUGUUGCCGGUGUGAUAAUGUGUAAUGCAUAUGUUAACAGGAGAGAGGGUCUGUCACGUCUUGUAUUGACAAAAUUUUCCUUUGUGGCCAGACCAUAUGGAAGACAACACGAAAAAAUGACGUUGCUAGUUAAAGAAACUUUGUUUGUGAAAACUCCUAUUUUCUUUUUGGUUAAGGUGGACGAGAAUGCCGAUGUUGAGUAA